AUGGGCGGUAUCUACGAAGACUUUGAUAUCUUUAGUAUAAUUAAUAUAUUUAAUAGAUUAUUUUAUGAAUACGCGUUUGCCCUGUAUCUGCGCGUGUAG